CUCAGGUGGGCGCCGCUGGAGUGACUCCUUCCUCACCGCGUGGUUACUGUGUACCCGUCGCUGCGAGGAGUUCUUGCUGGUAUUUCUUUCGUUUGUGGGAAUUAAACGUUAAGUACCACCAGGUUUGAGAACCGUUUUAAGGGUCGUACAGCUGCAAGCUGGGCCACGGAAUCUGCGCUCUAGAGCCUUCGCUGCUGCCCCCUGGAUGGCACUUGCUUGAGUGGAACAUAUAUUAACCCGAACUGGUGGUGGUUUUAGAUCUAGCCAGCUGGCAGCCAUGAAUGAAUGGAUGAGGAAAGGCCCCUUAGAAUGGCAAGAUUACACGUACAAAGAAGUCAGAGUGACAGCCAGUGAGAAGGAGUAUAAAGGAUGGGUUUUAACCACAGACCCAGUUUCUGCCAAUAUUGUCCUUGUGAACUUCCUGGAAGAUGGCAGCAUGUCUGUGACUGGAAUUAUGGGCCAUGCUGUGCAGACCGUUGAAACUGUGAACGAAGGGGACCAUGGAGUGAGAGAGAAACUGAUGAAUUUGUUCAUGUCUGGAGACUGCAAGGCCUACAACCCUGAGGAUCUGGAGAAGAGAAAGAACAGCCUAAAGAAAUGGCUCGAGAAGAACCACAUCCCCAUCACAGAACAGGGAGAUUCACGAAGGACUCUGUGUGUGGCUGGGGUUCUGACUAUAGACCCACCGUAUGGUCCAGAAAAUUGCAGCAGUUCUAAUGAGAUUAUUCUCUCCCGUGUUCAGGAUCUUAUUCAAGGACAUCUUGCAGCUUGCCAAUGAGAGGCCAAGAACUAUGGAUGCAUCAAUUGAAAUAACAUUUCAUUUUUUUUUUUCUUCAUAAAAUGUUUUGAAUGUUAAAUCCAUCAUAUUACAAGACUUCAAAGGCACACAGUUGUGUGUGUGUGUUUGAGUUUUAAUUCUAUGUUGUUUUGGUAAAAUCAAAGAUCUGGAUUAUAAGUGCUAAUAAAUAAACUAUGGCAAAGCUAGCAUCACAUGCAACAAAAUAGCACAAGGACAUUAGAAUUGUAAGAGUCUUUUGUUGGUGGGAGUACACCUCCAUUUUUGUUAGGCAAGAAACACAUGUUAGAUUCAAUAUAAAAUGUCUUGUUAAGCCCCUUGUAUGUGUCUGUUUUAAAAUAUUGUGUAAGGAUGAAAUCGCUUUUGAAUCAGAAUCUAUUGGAAUAUAUGCUUUUUUGGUUGAAACUU